UUUCCGGUUGUACUUGGAAGCACGAGUUCAGGCCGCCGCUGCGAUUGACUGGCUGCUGGCGGCUGCGUGAGCCUUCUUAGAACGGCGGCGGGGGAAGCCAGUCUACAGCCAAYAUGUCCAGCAGAAAUAACAACAAGCUGCCCAACAAUCUGCCGCAGUUACAGAAUCUGAUCAAGCGGGACCCGCCAGCCUACAUCGAGGAGUUUCUUCAGCAGUAUAAUCACUACAAAUCCAAUGUGGAGAUUUUCAAGUUACAACCAAAUAAACCCAGCAAAGAAUUGGCAGAGCUGGUGAUGUUUAUGGCACAGAUUGGUCACUGCUACCCAGAACAUCUAAGUAACUUUCCUCAAGAACUGAAAGAUCUUCUUUCCUACAAUCAUAGUGUAUUGGAUCCAGAUCUUCGAAUGACAUUUUGCAAAGCUCUGAUCUUGCUGAGAAAUAAGAAUCUCAUCAAUCCAUCAAAUUUACUAGAGCUCUUCUUCGAACUUCUGCGUUGCCAUGAUAAGCUUCUGCGAAAGACUUUAUACACACAUAUUGUAACUGAUAUCAAGAAUAUAAAUGCAAAACACAAGAACAAUAAAGUGAAUGUAGUUUUGCAGAAUUUUAUGUAUACCAUGUUAAGAGAUAGCAAUGCAACUGCAGCCAAGAUAUCUUUGGAUGUGAUGAUAGAACUCUACAGAAGGAACAUCUGGAAUGAUGCCAAAACUGUUAAUGUUAUCACAACUGCAUGUUUCUCUAAGGUCACCAAGAUACUAGUUGCUGCUUUGACAUUCUUCCUUGGGAAAGAUGAAGAUGARAAACAGGACAGUGACUCAGAAUCUGAGGAUGACGGCCCCACAGCAAGAGACCUGCUAGUGCAGUAUGCCACAGGGAAGAAGAGCUCCAAAAACAAGAAAAAGUUGGAAAAGGCAAUGAAAGUACUCAAGAAACAAAAGAAGAAAAAAAAGCCAGAGGUGUUUAACUUUUCAGCCAUUCACUUGAUUCAUGAUCCCCAAGAUUUUGCAGAAAAAUUACUAAAGCAGCUGGAGAGCUCUAAGGAAAGGUUUGAAGUGAAGAUGAUGCUCAUGAAUCUCAUCUCCAGAUUGGUGGGAAUUCACGAGCUUUUUCUCUUCAACUUUUAUCCCUUCCUGCAAAGGUUUCUGCAGCCCCACCAGAGAGAAGUAACAAAGAUCCUUCUGUUUGCUGCACAAGCUUCUCAUCACCUAGUACCCCCAGAGAUCAUUCAAUCAGUGCUCAUGACCGUGGCCAACAAUUUUGUUACUGACAAGAACUCUGGGGAAGUCAUGACAGUAGGAAUUAAUGCUAUAAAAGAGAUAACAGCCCGAUGUCCUCUCGCCAUGACUGAAGAACUUCUCCAAGACCUGGCUCAAUAUAAGACACAUAAAGAUAAGAAUGUGAUGAUGUCUGCUAGAACUCUGAUUCAGCUCUUCCGGACACUGAACCCUCAGAUGUUACAGAAGAAAUUCCGGGGUAAACCUACAGAAGCAUCUGUUGAAGCAAGAGUACAAGAAUAUGGUGAAUUGGAUGCUAAAGAUUACAUUCCAGGAGCAGAGGUUCUGGAAAUUGAGAAGGAAGAGAAAACAGAAAAUGAUGAAGAUGAAUGGGAAAGUACCAGUCUCAGUGAGGAGGAAGAUGCCGAUGGUGAAUGGGUUGAUGUGCACCACUCUUCAGAUGAAGAGCAGCAAGAAAUUUCUAAGAAACUAAACAGCAUGCCSAUCGAGGAGCGGAAAGCCAAAGCUGCAGCCAUCAGCACUAGUAGAGUUUUAACUCAGGAAGACUUCCAGAAAAUCCGCAUGGCCCAAAUGAGGAAAGAACUUGACGCUGCCCCUGGGAAAGCCCAAAAAAGAAAAUACAUUGAAAUAGACAGUGAUGAGGAGCACAGGGGUGAAUUACUUUCUCUUCGGGACAUUGAACGCCUUCAUAAAAAGCCAAAGUCUGACAAGGAGACAAGACUAGCAACUGCUAUGGCUGGAAAGACAGAUCGAAAGGAAUUUGUGAAGAAGAAAACCAAAGUGAAUCCAUUUUCCAGUUCUACAAAUAAAGAGAAGAAAAAACAGAAGAACUUUAUGAUGAUGCGGUAUAGCCAGAAUGUCCGGUCAAAAAACAAGCGUUCCUUCCGAGAAAAACAGCUGGCAUUACGAGAUGCGCUGUUGAAAAAGAGGAAAAGGAUGAAGUAACUUCCAAGCAAGUUUUUCAUUUCAAGGAGAAAAUGCCAAGUUUGUGUCACUACUAUGAAAAUUAGUAAAUCAAGAAUGUUUCUUACAUUAAAAAGUCCAGAAGCACUAUAUGGUAACAACCACAGUAAACUUGGUAGCAAUUUGGUGUKUUUAACUUGGAGAUGGGUAGUAGUGGGAAUGUUUAAAAUGUAAAUACUAGUGAUAUUAUAAAAACAUUUUCAUUUAAACAUUCAUGCAAAGAAAAACAUUGAAUGCCUAAUAAGUGUCAUUCUAGAUAUAAAAUUAAAUGAGCCACAGCCAGUUCUCUCAAAGCAUUCACAACUAGUGUGGGAAGGGAGGCAGGUAUUAUAUGUGUGUUUACAGUUCAUUGUAAAUAGUUCUCUUGCAGAGAUCGGUUUAUAUUUCUAUAGGGUCACUGAGGCCUGAUGGACUAAAUCUGCAAGGGUGGGAGUUAUGUAUUCUCUUAAAACAAAAAAGGACGAUGUUACAAGAGUAAGAGGUUCUUACUUGUAAAUAGGCUUACCUGCUAAAAACAGGUCCCUGCUGUACAGACUUUGGGUAGAUAAUUUAGCUCUUUUAGUCUAUCCAAAAGAUUUCAAUAUUUUUUUUAAUGCUAUGUAAGGAUUUUUUUCUUCAGACCUCAUUUUUUUAAACAGCCGUAAGGAUAAAUUAUAAUUUUGAAAUGUCUUUGUUUCAUCCUUUGAUCUGUGCUCUUCCUGUUAGUUUCCUCCGCUUCCUUGGACUCUUAUCAUAUUUUCAACUCAUUGUUUGUCUUGUCUUCAAUAAAGGGU